AUGCCGCAAGAUAUCGAGCAGCCGAACGAGCGUACCGGGCUCCUCUCCCACACCGCCAAUGAUAGGCGUUUGAGUGUCGUACAGCACGAAGAGGAUGGUCAAUCCAUCAUUGGCUCUUAUGUGAGCAAGGAUGAACAAGCUCUUUCCUCGGCGCCUGUAGGCGAACGCCUUCCUUACAAUGAUUAUACCACUGUGGAUUGGCUCCAUGAGCUCGUCAAAGACUCCUAUCGCUUCCGUUCCGUGCACUCCAGGCCUGGCCUUCGGUAUCGACUCGUCGCUACCUUCGAUGCCUGCUCCGGAUGGAUUGCUGCUGCUCUAAUCGGCAUACUUACAGCUUGUGUUGCCUUUCUCGUCGAUGUAGCCGAAGCUACUGUGAGCGAUUGGAAGCUAGGUCACUGCACCUCGAACCCCUUCGCAAACCGAGAAGCCUGCUGUACAGACCGUCGACCCUUCUACGGCCCCACUAGGGCGAACCUCGGAGAAGGGUGCGAUGAGUGGCGUAUGUGGACAGAUGGCUGGUACCGAGCAUUUGGGAUAUAUGUUGGCUUUGCAUUGGCAUUUGGGGUUAUCAGCUCUUCACUAACCAUGCUCACUAAAUCCACCUUACCUGCUGCUGCACCUGGUCAUGGUGACCAGCACCAAGAGCCCGACGCUGGCACCAUUCAACCAGUGACUGGCAAAGCCAUAUACCUUGCUGCAGGCUCAGGCAUUCCAGAGAUAAAGACCAUCCUUUCCGGAUUCGUCAUUCCUCAUUUCCUAGACUUCAAAGUCUUGUUCGUCAAGGCCGUUGGUGCGGUCUUUGCUGUCGCAACCGGCAUGUGUUUGGGAAAGGAAGGGCCCUUUGUGCAUAUAAGUACGUGUGUGGCAUACCUGAUAGGGAAGUGCUUCCCAAAAUACCGCGAGAAUGAAAGGAAAAUGCGCGAACUACUGAGCGCUGGCUGCUCAUCGGGACUGUCGGUUGCCUUUGGGGCACCAAUAGGGGGUAUUCUCUUCAGCUAUGAGGAGAUCAGUACCUACUUUCCCCGCAAGGUGCUCUGGCGAGCUUUUUUCUGUUCUCUCUGGGCCGCGGUGAUCCUGAAAAUUCUCAACCCUACGGGCACUGGAAAACUUGCGCUCUUCGAGACGAAUUAUGGAACAUCAUAUUCUCCAGUGCACUACCUCAUUUUCAUCCUCCUUGGCGUAGCUGGAGGUCUUUGGGGGGGCACGUUCUGCAAGUGUAAUUUCCUUUGGUCAAAAAGCUUUCGGCAAUUCCGCUUCAUCAAGAACUACCCUGUGUUCGAAGUAUUCAUUGUCGUUCUAGCUACCGGACUGCUUCAGUAUCCUAAUCCAAUGACUCGGGAGCCUGGCGACAAAAUCAUCAAAAACCUUCUCCAGGACUGUCGUCGUUCGACUAGUUCCUGGAUCUGCCAACACGAGGCCAAUGGUUCGCCACCAAAAUACAUUGGAUGGCUGGUAUAUGGCACCCUUGUCAAGCUCGUCCUCACAAUAGUGACUUUCGGUUGCAAAGUCCCGUCUGGUAUCAUCAUUCCUGCUCUCGACGCCGGCGCCUUCUUCGGCCGUCUUGUUGGCCAGUGGGUCACCACCAUUUCUCCCGGUAUCUUUGCAAUGGUCGGUGCCGCUGCAUUUCUCGCUGGGGUUUCUCGUAUGACGAUUUCCCUUUGUGUGAUCAUGUUUGAACUCACCGGGGAGCUGGAGUAUGUUGUUCCGAACAUGAUUGCCAUACUCGUCGCCAAAUGGGUCGCAGAUGCUCUGGAGCACGAAGGUGUGUAUGACCUGGCGCAAACAGUGCUCGGACAUCCGUUCUUGGAUCUGGAUCAUGCAAUUAGCCUAGUACAAAGAGAGAAAACACUGGUAGAAGAGCUCAUACCGCCAAAACAGACCAUGGACGACAUCACCGUUAACGUUCUCAAAGAUAACAUGGUACCCCGCAAAGUUCUUGAACAAAAACUUGAUAAGCUGAAGGAAAGGGGUCUAUUAGACGCCGGUCUUGUCCUUGUACAAGACGGGAUGCUUCAAGGGUAUCUCGCAGAAGGGGAGCUCGACUUCGGCCUCACCAAUCUCGGCGGAGUGUGGGACUCGUCCGACCGCGUGCGGCUACUGGGUCUGGCAGAGGAAGGAGAAUUCAACCUUAGCAAUUUCGUCGAUCGAACGCCGCUGAGUAUUUGUGCAAAGGCACCGAUGGAGUAUGCGGUAGAGAUGUUUGGCAAAUUGGGUCUGCGGUAUCUUUGUGUUGUGGAGGAGGGGACAGGCAAAAUGGUCGGUGUCAUUUUGAAGAAGAGGUUGGUCGUUUGGUUAGAGGGUUUGAAGCACCAGUGA